AACAAAAAAUUUGUUUUUGUUGACACGUCACAUUACUCAUAUGUUUUGCUGAUUUCACUGCUGAAAAGCAAAAUAUUGAAGAUCUUAUAGUGAAAUUAUAGAACAAAUUCUCCUAAAAUGGUUGAUGAAAGUACUCGGACUACCCUCAGCAAUAUUCCUCUUUUGAAAACUAGAGCCGGGCCGAGAGACAAGGAAUUAUGGGUUCAAAGAUUGAAAGAAGAAUAUCAGGCCAUGAUCAAGUACGUACAAAAUAACAAAGACUCUGGAUCAGAUUGGUUCCGUUUAGAAUCGAAUAAAGAGGGUACAAAAUGGUUUGGAAAAUGCUGGUACAUUCACGAUUUAUUAAAAUACGAAUUCGACGUUGAAUUCGAUAUUCCUGUAACAUACCCUGUAACAGCACCGGAAAUAGCUCUCCCCGAAUUAGACGGUAAAACUGCCAAAAUGUAUCGCGGUGGUAAAAUAUGUUUGACUGAUCAUUUCAAGCCAUUGUGGGGUAGAAACGUACCGAAAUUCGGAUUAGCUCAUUUGAUGGCCUUAGGAUUGGCCCCAUGGUUAGCUGUAGAAAUACCGGAUUUGAUUGAAAAAGGCGUCGUUUCAUAUAAAGAGAAAAGUGAAACAUAGAAAUUGUGUCAAUAAACUACAAUUCCA